UUUUGCUGUAUAACAGUUGUGUUUAUGUUAGGUGAAUCAAUUAAAUUGAUGUUUCGAUUUGAGACAAACAUAAAUAUAUUUUUUGUUUGUCAUGUCCUGGAAUUUUUUAAUGUACAAUAUGAGAAUAACACAUGUGAGAAACUAAAAAUUUGAAAAUAUUCAAUUGUCUUGAAAAAAACUCUCCUGGGAAAAACUGCUUCUCACAUACAAUUCUAUUGAUAAUCAUUAUAUUCAGUAAAAGUUCUUUUUUUAAUUCUCACAAUUUUUUUGAACCUCAUUGAAUGUUAUGAAAUUAAUUUAUUCUUGAAAAUCUAUAACUUAUUAAAAUAAAGCUUUAUUGUGAGAUUUGCUCUGAGUAGUUAAAAAAUCGCAACACCUAUUUCACUAUACAACAGCUUCUUUUAAAUACGUCUGAGGAAGCAACACAUCUUGCAUUCAGUGGAAAUCACAAAAUAAGGUGAUCGAUUGAUGACCAUUUUAUUUUGUACAGAUUCAUAUGGAAUAUAGGAUAGAGAAAAUUACUUUUGUCUAUUUUCCACUGAGGUUUUUAUUUGUUAAACCAUUCUCAAGUUGACUAUAUUUGCUUUAAUAAUUCAGCCAAGCGUUUCUCCUGUUCAUUUUUCAUUUCUGUUGAGCUCAACUAUUUCUCAAAUAUGUUUGAUGAGUGUGUUAACUAAUAUUUUUCUUUUUUCUGUUGAAGGUCCCAUAACUUUUAUUACGCCUUAUUACUGAUGAUGCUUUUUUUAUGCGUUCUUCCUGUGGGAUACACAAUUGUUUGGAUUCGACCUUCUUGGCACUGUGGUCCAUUCAGCAAAUAUAAGAAAAUAUUUCAUAUUUUUACUGAAACAAUCAAGGAAAACAGUCCGGAACGAUUUAGGAAAGUACUGGAUUAUAUUGCAUCACCUGGUAUAGUUAUUCCGCUACUUGUUUUGCUGACUCUCAUUAUUUACUACUUGAUUUCACUGACUAGUGCUUUGAGAGAGGCUAAUGAUGACCUUAAGAUCCAAUUACGCAGGGAGAGAACUGAAGAGAGAAGAAAAAUGUUCCAAAUGACGGAUAGACGAAGGAGGGUUGGAUCUGGUGAAUCUAACGAUUUAUCGAAUACUCCUUUCAGUAAAUGGAAAAAAGUUCUUGGGGAUUUGCCAAGCGGAAAAAGUUUGGAUGAAACACCGAAACCAGAUCCAGAAGAUAUUCCAGAACAAGUGAAAGAGGAAAAUGGCAAUAAGAGCAGAGAUUUCUUCACGAAAUUGAUAAAACGAGCUCUAGGAAAAUCGUCAACAUCUGAAGAUGAGCCUAAUGCUGAAGAUGGAACCGACACUGAACAGCAUGACUCAUUGCCUUACGACACUAUUUCAUCGAGAAAAAGUUUGCAUAGACCUCUCAAGCCUUCAUUUUCCUGGGGAAAGACAGAUUUUCAGACAGUUGCUACCAAGGCGAUGCAAUUGAACAAAAACAAUCCAGAUCCCAACGACAAUAGAAAUAUUUCCGAACACAGUCAAAUUGCGACUUGUGUCAGCAGACAGAAUUCUGACUUAAGAAAAGACGUCCAUAGGAGAAAAUCAAAUGUGACUAAAACAGAACCUUCAUUUUCUGACAAUACGAGACAGGACUCAGAAUCAUCUGUUUGGUCUGAGAACAUUCCUGUGAUAACUAUUAGUAAAACUGAAAGUGCAGAAAACAUCCUCAGUUCAAAAAUCAGUGACUCGCAAAAAGUUGAGAUUGACAAAGUCCCCCAUCAACAACAAUUCGCCCCGAAAAUAAAAUGUGCCCUCAAGAAACAAAGUACAGAAAUUGAUGAAGAAACAAUCCGGUAUUUCAAUAAAAAUAUCGAAGAAAAUAGAGCUGAAAAUGAAUUGAUCAGGGCUUUAGCUCAAGAUGAAUCAGAUGUGGAAAGUAUUUCAACAAAGAAAAAGUUUUUGGACAAUUUGGAAGAACCGUUAACUGAUGUGUCGUCCUCUGAAGGUACUGAAUAUAGAGAAAGCAGUACUGACACUGUUCUACAUACUUCAAAAACUGAAAAAAUACACCAGAAUUAACUGAACUUGAUAAUAUAUCAAAACCAUUUCAAUUUCAAAAUAACUGUUGCUUUCGCCAAUAAUGAAUGCUUUGUUAUGCUUCCGAGAUGGUUUCUGUAACUGAAAAGUAAUAAAACGUGAACUGAUA